AUGGCCAUUUCAUGCUCCAAUGAGCUGAGAAAAGUCUCAGUACUCUGCGAUAACUGCUUUAUUGGAAUGGAAAGUCUUGUGUAUGUAAAGUGUUCGGAGUGCGGAAUAGAUUUAUGCUUGUUGUGCUUUGUAAAUCAGAUAGAGACAUCUUUGCACAGCAAAUGCCAUGAAUAUAGGAUAGUCUCGGGGAUGAACACCAAGAUCCAUGGCAGAGAGUGGACCCUGAUGGAAGAGAUUUUGUUUGUAGAGGGACUUGGGGUAUGUGGAAUAGGAAAUUGGCCAGAGAUUUCCAAAUAUGUUGGUGGGAAAAAGGAUGUUGAGAGCCAUUUCUACAAGAUUUUUGGCUUCCAAAGAAACACAUGUAAACCACUUCGUAUGAGUAAAAGCGUUAGUAAUCCGUAUCGUGGAUUAAUCGGUUCAUACAUGCCCUUCCGAGAAGACUUUGACGUCGAGUAUAUGAAUGAUCACGAAGCCCUCAUAAAAGACGUUAACUUCGAGGAAGGAGAAGGAGAAUUGAAAGGGAGAUUAGUAGAAGCAGUGCUCGACUCGUACAUAAGGAUAAUUAUGUUUCGAAACAGGAGAAAGCAUAUUACACUGGAUAGAAACUUAGUGGAUAUGGAAAGUCUAAAAACCAAGAAUGAAAAGUCCGGGAUUGGAGAUACAAUUAAGUGGAUUACCCCGUACUUGACAAAGCAGGACUUCAAUGUUUUUUUUCGUGGGUUGUAUAUUGAAAAGAAGCUUUAUGACUUAUUAAAAGGAUAUUCUAGGAAGGAGAAUAGCACCUAUGAAGAAGAAAUUGGGUAUAUAAAGAAUUUCUGCAGUGAACGGGAAAGAAAGUUAUGUGAAGCCUAUGGCUUGUCCAUAAAUGUAUACCUUGAAUUAAGAAAGGAAGUAAUUUCCUGCCUUAUCAAGAAAAAGGAAUUUGUAAAGGAGGACUUCGAUAGGCUUUUCGGGUUUUUAAAGGAAACAGACGAAUUGUACAGCUUUUUUCUGGAGAAUGGAUGGAUUCGGAAAGAGGAGGAGAAGGAUUAA